AUGUCGACAAGAUUACUUCUGAAGACAAACUUACGAACUGCAAGUCGUAUCCGUGUUCCAUUAAAUGGAUUGCGUUUCUUGCACACUAAAUUGUCAGAUAAUUUGGUUAGAUUACAUUCCAAUUUGAAAUUAGAUGAGUUACAAGAUGAUAACACUCCAGAUUAUGUUAGGUUGAUAUUGAGAUCAUCAGUUUAUGACGUUAUGGAUGAGUCGCCAAUUACUACCGGUACUGUUUUAUCCUCGAAAUUAAACACAAACGUGCAAUUGAAAAGAGAUGAUUUAUUGCCGGUCUUUUCUUUCAAAUUGAGAGGUGCAUAUAAUAUGAUGGCAAAAUUAGAUGAUACGCAGAAGAAUCAAGGUGUUAUUGCAUGUUCUGCCGGUAACCAUGCUCAAGGUGUCGCAUACGCUGCAAAACACUUGAAAAUACCUGCUACUAUCGUGAUGCCCGUCUCUACACCAUCAAUCAAAUAUCAAAAUGUUUCAAGAUUAGGCUCUCAAGUUGUCUUAUACGGUAACGAUUUCGACGAAGCAAAAGCAGAAUGUGCUAGGUUGGCCGAGGAGAGAGGAUUGACAAACAUUCCUCCAUUCGAUCAUCCAUAUGUUAUUGCCGGUCAAGGUACUGUCGCAAUGGAAAUUUUAAGACAAGUUCACAUGUCCUCCAAAAUUGGUGCAGUCUUUGUACCUGUUGGUGGUGGUGGUUUGAUCGCAGGUGUUGGUACUUACUUAAAACGUAUUGCUCCUCAUAUUAAGAUCAUUGGUGUUGAAACCUACGAUGCCUGCGCUUUAUACACUUCUCUACAAUCUGGAAAGAGAGCAGCUCUAGAAUCCGUGGGAUCUUUUGCUGAUGGUACUGCUGUACGUUUACUUGGCGAAGAAACAUUUAGAGUGGCUCAAGAAGUCGUUGACGAAGUUGUGCUCGUGAACACUGAUGAAAUUUGUGCUGGUAUUAAGGAUAUUUUCGAAGAUACACGUAGUAUCGUUGAACCAUCCGGUGCUUUAGCUGUUGCUGGUAUGAAAAAAUAUGUAUCUCACUUACAUCCAGAAAUCGAACAUUCAAAACAUACAUAUGUUCCUGUCCUGUCUGGUGCUAAUAUGAACUUUGAUAGAUUAAGAUUUGUUUCAGAACGUGCUGUGUUAGGUGAAGGAAAAGAAGUGUUUAUGUUGAUAACCUUACCAGAUGUGCCAGGUUCCUUCAAGAAACUUCAAAAUGUUAUCCACCCAAGAUCCGUGACUGAAUUUUCUUACAGAUACAAUGAGCAUCGUCAUGAUUCCACCAGUGAAGUUCCAAAGGCUUACAUUUACACAUCUUUCAACGUUGUCGACCGUGAAAAGGAAAUCAAACAAGUCAUGCAACAAAUCCAUGCUUUAGGCUUUGACGCCGUUGAUAUCUCUGAUAAUGACAUGGCCAAAUCUCAUGGUAGAUACUUGGUCGGGGGUGCUUCGAAAGUUCCUAAUGAAAGAAUCAUCUCUUUUGAAUUCCCAGAAAGACCAGGUGCCUUAACUAAAUUUUUGGCUGGUUUAAGUGACUCGUGGAAUUUAACAUUAUUCCAUUAUAGAAACCAUGGCGCUGACGUUGGUAAGAUUUUGGCCGGUAUUUCCGUUCCACCAAGAGAAAACCUAACCUUCCAAAAAUUCUUAGAAGAUUUAGAUUACAAAUACCAUGAUGAAACAGGUAAUAUGGUUUACCAAAAAUUCUUGAAAUUUUAA